ACUGAAUCCCAUCACUCCGCCCGAGGCGUCGUGCUAGAAUAGCCAUGGAAUUUUCCAGAAUGCUGCCAGAAGCCGGUGAGGAGGAAGUAGAGCUAGGUUGGCAGAGCCAGGUCCAAGGGCAUUUGGAGAGCCGCCAGCCCGUGCCCUGGAGGCCUGCGGGAGCGCGCCCCUAGCGGCGGACGGCGCCACUGCAAGGAGCGGCUGCCGGGCGCCCGCGGCUCCCGCCGUCCAACCCACUUCCGGGGUUGGGACGCGCCUGCGCGCGCGCGCGCGCGGCCCCGGCGGCGGUGGCGGCGGCGGCUCCUCCGGACGGAAGCGGGGCCGCGCGCGGUGGCUGAGCGCUGUCGGUUCGUGAGGGUUCGCGGCGGGAGGUGGGCCUGGAGAUCCCCGAGCCGUUCCCUCUGCGGCCGCGUUCUUGGAACCCGCGUUCUUCGGCAGCGCCGAGUUUCACUCUUUCCAUGUGCGCGCCGCCUGCCGCCAUGUUGCGGAUCGAGCCCCGCCCCGCGCUCGGCCGGCGACUUCCGGGGCGGGAGCUACCGCAGCCGUUGCCCGGGUACAGAGAACUGUGAUUGUUAUUAGUGACUGGAAUGAAAGGCAAAGAAAACCCUUUAAACCUCUGUGGGGCUUUAGGAUGAGGAAGGGCAGAGGAAGAACCAGCCGGGUCAGAAGACGGAAGCUCCUCAGAAGUUCUGAAUCAAGAGGAGUGCCUGAGAGCCACAAGCCCGAAUUUAUUGAGCUUAAGAAGUGGCUGAAAGAUCGGAACUUUGAAGAUACAAACUUAAUACCGGCGCGUUUUCCAGGUACCGGAAGAGGGCUGAUGAGCAGAACGUCCCUGCGGGACGGACAGGUGGUCAUCUCGCUGCCCGAGACCUGCCUGCUCACCACAGACACGGUGAUGAAGAGCUACCUGGGCGCGUACAUUGCCAGGUGGCGGCCUCCUCUGUCUCCCGUGCUGGCUCUGUGCGCCUUUCUGGUUUCCGAGAAGCACUCGGGGGAGCGGUCGCCCUGGAAGCCGUACCUGGACACCCUGCCGGCGGCCUACAGUUGCCCGGUGUGCCUGGAGCCGGAGGUGGUGGCCCUUCUCCCCGCGCCGCUGCGGGCUCAGGCUGAGGAGCAGAGGGCCCGAGUCUGGGGGCUGUUUGCGGCCGCCCGGGGCUUCUUCUCGUCGCUGCAGCCGCUGUUUCCCCAGGAGGCCGCCGAGAGCGUCUUCAGCCCCAGCGCCUUCCUGUGGGCCUGGUGCACCGUCAACACGAGGGCCGUGUACCUGCGGCGGCGGCCUGGCGACUGCGUGGCGCUCGCCCCCUUCCUGGAUCUGCUGAACCACAGCCCGCGCGUGCAGGUACAAGCAGGGUUCAAUGAGGACACUCGCCGGUACGAGAUCAGCGUGGCUCGGGGCUGCGGGCGGGGCGAGGAGGUCUUCAUCUGCUACGGCCCCCACGACAACCGGCGCCUGCUGCUGGAGUACGGCUUUGUGGCGGCCCGCAACCCGCACGCCAGCGUCCCGGUCACCCUGGAUGCACUUGUUAAAUAUCUUCCGCCAGCUGAUAAACAGAUGAACAAAAAGAUUUCCAUUUUGCGGGAUCACAACCUCACAGAAGACCUGACGUUCGGCUGGGACGGGCCGUCGUGGAGGCUGCUGACAGCUCUGAAGCUGCUGUGUCUGCGCGAGGGAGAGUUUACAUGUUGGAAAAAAGUGCUUCUUGGGGAAACGAUUUCUGAUGCCAACGAGAAGAUGAGUUUGGACGUGGCCCAGGAAGUCUGCCGCUGUCUCCUGGAGGAGAGCGCCGCCGGGCUCCGGAAGGUCUCCGGUAAGAGGGACGGAGCCGCGGCCCUGAGCAGCCAGCUGGCGCUGGUGGAGGCGCUGUGGGCCGAGGAGCUGGAGAUGCUGCAGGCGUCCGCCGAGGCCCUGCGCGGCCUGCAGGCAGCGCUGAGGCCGUCCUGACCUGGCCCGGCAGCGAGUGUGGGGGUGAAGCGGCGGCUGUUCUCCGGACACGGGACAGCAGAUGGCCGCAGGACCUGGCUCCCGCAGCCGCCAGUGAAGCCACACAAGAGCGCCCUCCUGGAGCUGCUCCUAAUGCCCAGAACAAGGGCCAGCCCGCAGGGGGUCCUCAGCAGCGCAGACAGCCCACUGCCCGGAGCCCCAGCCUCACCGGCCUCCCGCCUGCAGACGAGGAGAGGCCGGGAAUGGCCGUGCCGUGUGCUUCAGCCUCGAGUGUCCCUCGCCCCCCACCCAGCAGCACGGCCGGUGGGCACAGCCCCACCUCCUGAGAAGCACGGGGCGGGGGGCUCGUGGGAGGGAGUGUCGGCCCUGAGCCCGGCACUUCCUGUCUGGUUCUCUCAGGGAAACAAGUGGGGCCCGUCCUCAUUCCUCUGCUCCUUCCAGAGGUGGUGUCUCUCGGGCUGCUCUUCGGGCCAUUUUGUGUGUGUGUGUGUGUGUGUGUGU